AGUUGGUAGAGCGGAGGACUGUAGUUGGUUGCUGAAAUCCUUAGGUCGCUGGUUCGAAUCCGGCAGGUCGGAUUACAAUUUUUAUGUAUUCUCUAAUCCGAGGAACGUCGCUUUUGCCUUUUCUUUUAUUUGUAUACUUUGUAUCCCUUUCGCUCAAAUUCUGGAACCGCAUGAAUCCCACCACCUUAGGCUUUCUUCCAUCUUCUCUUUAAUUUACAUAGCACACACAUCCCUUUACGCUUCUGCAAUUCAAAACCAGUUUUGGCGCCACUCUUUUGUGCUUUAUAUAUGUGUGUAUAUAUAUUAUAUACAUCCCUCUGUCUAGAAGAAAGUGCCCAAUAAUAUAGUCCUCUCUUUGUUAAUGCGGCUGAGUUUUCUUGAAAUAUUGGAGUGAGGCUUUAGGGGUGGGUGCAGAAAAUGGUGAAAAGGUCAUCCAUUGGAAGCAUUGUGAGGAAGAGGCUGUCAGACAUCAAAACUUCUCUGCCACAGCUCAAACCUUCAAUCGAUAUCGAAAUGGGUAACCGUUCGACAAAGAACUGUGUUGAUGAUCUUAUCAAGGAAAACAUUGCAUUGGUGAAACUCAUUCAAGACAGAAACAAAAUAAUAGAAAUGACUGGAAUGGAGCUUAAGAAACUGAGAGUUGGAGUUCAGAGAGUGCAGCUGCAGAACUGGAAUCUUGCUCAAUCCAACACUCACAUGUUGGCUGAACUUCACUUGAAUAAAGAAAAGGUAAAGGCACUUCAGCAUGAACUUGUAUGCAAGGAUGCAGUACUAAAAGCAAAGAGUCUGGAUCUAAAGGAAGCGGUACUCAAAGCGGGGAAGAAACGGGAUGUAAAGGAUAAGGAGACAGGAGUUGGGGAUUCUGUACCAAAUGCAGAUAUCAAUCCUAGUAAAAUAAACAGGAAGCUUCAAGCCUCAAAGAGUAGAUGUAAAUGCUAGAUUUCAU